UUCUUUGCUGAAAUGAUAAAAACAAUAGAUGAAGGUGCACACAAAACACAUGAAAGUCUGUUGACAUUAAGUGAAAAUCUAGCUCCAUCAAAUCUCGUAACACAACGAUUUUCAUCCGUGAUCCAGAAUCUUCUGGUUGAAAAUGUUGCUUUAGCACAUCUUGUGAAGAAGCAGGCCCAGAGAAACAGAGUAACAGUUGAAACCUUCGCUAGAACACAAUUAGAAACUCUGCAGCCGUUCAAAAAUUUUCUCAACAUUCAACUUCAUAAAUUUAAAGAAGUUGAGAGAAUCCAGAGAGAACAUAUAAAACAGCUAGAAGCUAAAUUGAAACAUAAAGAGGAGUUGCUCUCCAGAUUACAAAACCUAAUUAAUGUGGCCACUGAGGGUGAGAAGUUGUUUCAUCAUGUAUAAGCAGAAAAUGAAAAUUAUCCUCUGAAAUGGGAAUGACAUUGAUGUGUUUAAGUUUAUAGAUUAUG